AUGUCUGAUAAGUUAGACAAACACCAAGUCGAGGGUCACGACAAUAAUGAUGAGAAUGUCGUUGCUACUGAUUCUAUUGCUCGUCUUACCACUGCGUCUGUGAUAGCUGCUGCUGGAGCUUCUGAACAUGACGACAAGGAAGACGAUGACAAAGAUAUUAAAGUCGCUACAGGUUCAGGAUCCCAGGCAGGCCCGAAUAAUGCCAACAGCUAUGCUAACUCCAUUACUAACGAUGCGGUCGAAGCUGCGGUGAUGAGAUAUGUCGGUGGCGAUUAUAACCAAUGGACCAGUGAUUUUUUAAGCGAUGACUUGACUGCUGUCGCUGUUGCUGCUGCUGGUGCCAACCACAACAAUAACAAUCACAACAAUAACAACAAUAACAACAACAGCAACAGCAACAACAAUAAUACCAACAACAAUAACAAUAACAGCAGCAACGACGUCAGUGGAAACAACGUUAACAACACCAACGACACCAAUGACAAUGUCGCUGCUGCCAACACCGUCGCGAAACAAGCAUUGUCUUCCAAGUCCUCUAAGAUUGGAAAGAAAAAUAUUGGUGAAGAUUUGGAACAAUCCAAAAAGAAAAAAAGAAAGUUGAAUGAGGUAUCUGCUGGUCCGUCCUCUAAAACAAACGCGUUAGUUGAUCCUGAAUUGGCUCAAUUGGAUAGCACCACUAAUGAGCAUGAUCAAUUAGUGCAAGCUGCUAUUAACGAUGCCAAAGAAUUGGCGCGUCUCAGCAGUUUCGAGCAAGACUAUAUUUUGAGUCAACAAAAUGCCAAUCAACAGGGGCAACCAAAUGACAACCAAGGUGGAGAUGAUACCAAAGUUGAAUUUUUACCUAAGGAUCUCAAAAAUGAUCCUGCUCAAGUAGAACUCCAACAACAACGCCUGAUGCAGCAGACCCAGGUUCAACCUCAACCUCAACAGGUACAACCUCAACCACAACAAGUUCAACCACAACAACAGGUGAACAAAGUGGUUGGUGCUGGAGUAUUCCAACAAAUGCCCCAUCAUGAAUUGAGUAAUAUAUCACACAUGCACAACACCGAAGUUGCUACUCUUGUGGCUCAAGCGGCAACUAAUGCUAGUGCAUACGUGACCACUAGACCUCAAGGUAAGAUGUUCUCCAAAGAGGAACACGAAGCUAUUCAAAAGUUUAUCCAAGCGUACUGUCAAAUCCACAAGAUGACCGAAGAAGAUAUUUGUAAAAGAGUAUGGUCCAAUAAUAGAGUUAAAGAUAACUUCUGGGACUCAUUGCAAAAAGUGUUGCCACACAGAACAAGAGCCUCGGUUUAUAAGCAUGUCAGAAGAGCUUACCACAUUUUUUCUGUUAGAGGCAAAUGGACUCCUGAAGAAGAUGCUCAAUUAGGGGCAUUAGCAAAGGACAAAGAAGGCCAGUGGAAAGCAAUUGGAGAAAUCAUGGGUAGAAUGCCUGAAGAUUGCCGUGAUAGAUGGAGAAAUUAUGUUAAGUGUGGGGCGAGCCGUGCUCAAAAUAAGUGGAGUCCAGAUGAGGAAGACAAGUUGAAGUCGAUCAUUCAUGAGAUUUUCCAAAACAAUCCGCAAAGUCCGGUGAUUAAUUGGACCGUGGUUAGUGAGAAAAUGGGUGGCUUGCGUUCUAGAAUUCAAUGUCGUUACAAAUGGAACAAAUUGUUGAAGCGUCAAGCAACUGUGAGGGCUAGUCAAAUGGAUGCCGAAGAUAGAAUUUGGUUGAUCACCAGAUUGAAGGAAUUACAAUUCGAAGAUGAGGGGCAAGUUGAAUGGGAUGCUUUGGCGUCAUUACAUCCAAAAGGUUACUGGACUGGAUCUGAUUUCAAGGUGUCCUUUGAAAAAAUGAGAAGUUCCAUCAAGGAUUUUAAGAACAAGAAGAUGGAUGAUAUUUGUAACAUUUUGUUGCACAACAUUAAUGGAGGUGGCAAUGGCAGAGUAAUUAACAAUAAUGGAGUCAAUAAUAGAUUACAAAAUGUCGGUCAAGUAGGUCCUGUUGCUGAACAUCAACAUCACCAACAGCAUCAACACCACCACCAUCUCCAUCAAGCACAGAAUGUUGCUUCUAACAAUAUGUUUGAUCAGAUGAACCAGAUUGUGAAUGACCAAGCUCAACAUCAUCAACCAGGGAAUGUCUACACCGAUGAUAAGGGUAAAAAAGACCAUCAUGUGGAUAUUGCCAGUGCCGCGGUGGCAGCUGCCAACGGUGACAAUAGUUAUUUGAUAUAA